GGGUGAAAUGGAAAUCCAUGAUGGCUCAGAUUGGCCGAAUAGAAAAACCUUUUAAAAUCACCUUGCUGUAUUCAAACUGUGGAGCACAAGAGGCUGGACUACUGGCAGUGGGCUCCUUGCAGCUCACAAACUGCUUCCAUGAUAAAGAAAACCCAGAUCUUUCUAUAUAUAACAAAGGCUCUUCCUUCCCCUGCCUUCAUGGAGGCUGUGUUAGCCACUUACAAAUCUGUGAAUUCAUCAGUGAUUGCCCUACCAAAGAAGUGGAAGGAGUAAGAUGUGAUAGUCUCCCAGAAGGUUCACAUUGCUCUUUUGAAGAGGGUUCAUGUGGCUGGACACUGAAUGAAACUGCAGCAUUUCCUUGGUCUAUCAGUGGCUUUAAUGAAAUGAUUCACAAUGGUUCAUUUGUAGGGUCUACCUUGCAAGCCACUGCAGGUAGGAUCUACAUAGUUCUUUCUUUGUCUGUCUUUCUGUGAGUGCAUGUUUUAUGUAUGCAUGUGCGUGUGUGCCAGCA